AGCAACGGGCAGGAAAGAAGCUCUGAAGGCAUCCGGAAAUGAUGAAAAGGUUCUCGGCUCUCCUCAGAAAGAAAAAAAACUGAAACUUUAGGACGUCAGGCACAUCUGCGCGAAGUCAAACUUUGGACACUACAGCCAGCCACAGUCCCAAACUUUCCUUAAAAAGUUUAUUAUUACUCGUUAUUUUCGCCUUCUUCCAGCAGGGAGAACGAGCCAGAAGAUGGGAAUACGUCAGAUUUGAGGCGAAGGAGAUGACAUGUUUUGAAAGGCUGAUGAGGUGACUUUUUCACCCAGAAAGAGGAGCUUAAACAGCGGCGAGACCCACUUAAGACUGACGGUCUCAUGUCCACGGAGAUCGUCCAUCCUCCGGUUGGGCCAGCGGGGCCAGUCAGGAGCCCACAGCCGGAGACGAGCCGCCUGCUGCUGGACAUCACCCGAGAUGCCUCUGACGCAGAUUCAUCAGGACCAUCUUCCCGACUGCCUGCGACCCAGGAAGAUCACUGUGAGCCUGUAAGAACUCAACCUCACACCGAUAAAAGCCAAAAUGGCACACCCGGUGACCUCACUGCCAUCCACCCGGGUGUCAGCAAAUGCACGUGUGCCAACCCCGGGAGAACGACAUCAGCAUCAGCAGCACCGACAACCAAGCAACCGUCCACGCCGGUUUCUCAAAGGAUGCAGCGAAAGUUGAGGUCCAGCCUGUCUGUGGACAGCAACAGCAGCCGACCCAGCAAGGGGAGCUCCAUGGGAUCGCAGAAACCGCCUUUCCCAGAAGACUGCUGCGUCCACUGCAUUUUGGCGUGCCUCUUCUGCGAGUUCCUGGCACUCUGCAACAUGGUGGUGGCGCCGGCCUCGUGCGGCCUGUGUGCGUCCGAGGCUUGCUGCUGCUGCUGCUGCGCCGAGGACGUGGGCGAGGACUGCUGCAACUGCCCCUGCGACAUGGACUGUGGCAUCAUGGACGCCUGCUGCGAGUCGUCUGAUUGCUUGGAGAUCUGCAUGGAGUGCUGCGGCAUCUGCUUCCCCUCAUAGGGAACCCAAAAACAGCCUGACUGGAGCCACCAGGACGGACGGCAAUGGGGAAAAACUGUUUCUGUGAUUGUGGUGUGAUUGUGUACUUUGUAUGAUGUUUACCGACACUGGGAUUCACCAAAAGUAGAAGUAACUCCAGAUAUGCUUGGAACUGUCCUUUCACUAUAAGAUGUUCCUAUACACUCCUCAACAAAAUCUUUUCUGUCAGACAUUCCCACUGUCAUGACCUCCUGAUAGCAAGGGCACAAGCAAGGCAAGGUGCCAUUUCUGCUGAGGUUUGAAUGCAACCGGUGAGUUGUUUAGACUGUUACUGCAACUUUUUACAUGCUUAAAGACGAGGAUGGAGCUUUAAUAAGCAGUUUUUCUAAGGUUAAGUUUUGCAGUUGUGUUAGUGGCUAAUUUAGCUUGUUUCACCAAGCCAAUAACAAUUAACAUAACUGCAACAAAGAUUGUACUCUUGAAACAUAAAUGAAGCUAAGUGGUGGUUGAUUUUAAAAGCAAAUUUAUUCAAAAUUUUUAUUUUUGCAGAUGUACGCUCUUGAACAACACUAGGAGGAUACAAGUACAGUCGUCCCUCACUACACCGCGGUUCAGACAUCGCUCCCUCACUCUAUCGCAGUUAAAAAAAAACAAACAGAAAAACAUGUUUUUCAGACAUGGCUCCCUCACUCCAUCGCAGUUAAAAAAAAAAAAAACAUGAUUGCUGUUUCAUGGUUGGCUAUGGCCUAUUAGUCAAAAAAUAUUGAAAGACAAUGGAAUGAGAAACAUGACCUCCAAGUUCGAUUCCAUGGUUCUCGCCCGGAAAAGGUUGCCCUGCCAUCUCCAAGUCGGGGAUGAGGUCCUGCCCCAAAUGGAGGAGUUGAAGUACUCUCGUCCCUACCCCUGGUUGCCAAACCCCUCUAUCCUGUUUUCUCCCUCUUCCCUGUCUCUCUAUCUCAACCCCACCAGUUGAGACAGACGGUCACCGCACAGAACCUAGGCGCUGUUCCCUUGAGGGAGUUUUUCCUUGCUUGCUCAUGCGGGUUUCAGUUGACUAUUUUUUUAAUGUAUGAGGAACAUUGUUCUGGACCUGCUCCACGUGUAAAGUGCUUUGAGAUAACUUCCUAACGGCCCUUACUGAUGCCGACUGAACCCCAAUACCCAUAAGACAGAACGCAACAUCUCCAUAUAACCAAUUUUGUUCAGGAGUGUAAUGUCCAGUGUCUUUUCAUCAUGUUUUUCUGUAGAACACUGUAAAAUGUGUACACAAAAUGUUUACACGUCUCUAUUGUUAUGCUGCACAGAAUCUUCUGCAAAGGAAUGAAAAACAAAGAACAGUUAAGCCCCCCCCCCGACUGUCAUGUUUGCUAUUGUAAACUAAUGAGGUUCAAGUCCGUUGCUGACUUGGCACUAGCCCUCGUUAGUGGCACGUGCUAAAGGGUAAGAAAUUGUCAUGUCCUAAUGUCAACAAACAUCAUGUGCCGUCAUGUGCGCUAUACGUGGGAAAAAUACGUUACAUGUACAUUUCUGCUAAAUUCCUGUAAGAUUUUAAUUUUAAUUCCAUUAUCCAGUUUGUUGUAGCUUUGGGAAAACACUAUAAAGGCAAUGUGAACAUAUACAGUGGAACCUUGGUUAGCGUCCGCACCGGUUAGCCUGUUUUUCUGGAAAAUGUCGAACAUUCACGGCACAGUUUUGCCUCCGUUUGUGUACAUUCUCCGAUUAGUGUACAAAAUGUUGUGCGUCUUGUCGUGUUCUUAAUACACUGCUGUGUUCUUAAUGUAUUUUUUUUAAAUAACAAAAUGUCCUUCCUUGUUAGCUUCCUAUUAGCUAUAGCUAAACAAAAUGGCAACCGGAAUCGGAAGUUGCGUAGCCCAUUUAUGAUGUCAUCAGCAGUUCACUCUCAAAAAUGUCAAGAUUCAAGAGUUUUAUUGUCGUAUGCACAGCAAACAGGUAGUUAUACUACGCAAUGGACUUCGUAUUCUGUUCAUUCUCCCUAAAAAAAACACAAGAAAAUGAAUUAGAACACAAGAAACAAUAAUACCAAUACAUUAAAAGCAACAAUAAGAUGUUCAGUGUUAUGAGUGUGUGCAUGUGUUGCGUGUGGCGUGUGUGAGUGACUCGUUGAGAAGCCUGAUGGCCUGUGGGUAAAAGCUGUAGCGAUGCUAUUUUAACAAAUUUAAACACAAAACACGUUUUUACAGUUAAUAUAAGUUUACAAUUAUAGUUUUAUGAGCACAAAACAAUUCUAAAUGCAUGUAAAUCACAAAUGAAAGGGAUAAAGUUACUUUUACCUUCAUUGAAGACGUGCUGUUCCCAAAGACACGAUGUGGCAGCGAGAUCAACCACCACCACCUUCCUGUUUUCAGUCGCGUCAAGAAUCACGUUUUCAAUUCAUGCAAAAGUAACCUCAAAUGUGUCCUUUCAUUCAUCAUUUCUACUGUAUGUAUUGAUAUGCAUGUUAAUUUUUUUUCUGCAUGUAAAACUAGAAUUGUAAAAUUAUAAAAACAUGUCUUUUAUUAACAUUUCUGGCUGUCUGGAACAUGUUAUUUGGAUUUACAUGAUUUGUUAUGGGAAAAAUGUAUUCGGGUAACGUUCGUUUUGGCUAUAAUCGGACCUUCUGGAACGCAUUAAGGACGCUAACCAAGGUACAUUGUGUAUUCUUUCAAGUCGUUUAUUUCAUCUCUUUUUGUACAUUGUGUCAAUUUAAAAGUAAAUGUCACAAUAAAGUAGCAUUUUGUUUCCUUGCAGUCGGUGUACAGUCUAGACAGUAAAAUAAUUCUAUGCGUAUUUCUAAACCAGUGAUGCUCUGAUUGAUCAGCUGGUGUAACCGUCACCUUUCAGAUAGAUAGUCAUAGUAUAGAAGUCUCAAAAUAAUCCACAAAGUCAAAACCCACGGGUGUCCAAUCCUCUUGUAUGACCACCUUCAAAGAUCAUUGUCAGUUUUGUACUUUGAUUUUACAAUGAAUCACUGUGUUGUAUUAAAUAUAAAAUGCAUAUUGGAACAAUAAGUUAUAGUCGUAUUGUAUUUGUGUCUUUUGGCAAGACAGGAGGCCCACCUGUUACCCACCUGAAGCUUGAUGUCUGCGAUGUCUCAUGACAAAAAAAAAAGACCAUG